CACGGCCGCACACACCAGACACCACCACCACUCGCAAGUCUCUUCGCCGUCUCGCCGAGUUAUUAGAAGGCGGGGAAAAAAAUCAACUCGAACGGGCGGGUGGCAACCAACCACCAAGCGGCGAGGGCGAUGGCGGCGUCCUCGCCGCGGAAGCGGCUCCCUGCUGCGCGCCUCAUCUUCGCCCUCCUCCUGAUGUCCUCCGUGCUGCCGCGGGACGCCGGGGCGGUGGAACUGGGGCUGAAGCUGCCCUUCAGUCCGGGGGACGUGCUCCCCGUCCUGCCGCGGCAGGUGGCGUGGCCCGUCAUGAACACGCUCCACAGCGCCGUCGACCUACUGCCGUCCUUCGUCGCCGCCGUGGCGCCCGGGGCGCCGGCGCCGGCGGCCUGGAAAGGCGCGUGCUUCUCGGAGAACGAGGCCGCUAUCGAGCUCACGCCCGGGGACCGCAACGGGACCGACGUCGGCGGUGCCGUACUGCGCCUCAAGACUGCUUCAGCUCAUAGUUGGGCAUGCAUGGAUCUCUACGUUUUUGCAACACCAUAUAGGAUAACAUGGGACUAUUAUUUUGCUGCUCGGGAGCACACUUUGGAGAUUAAAUCAUGGGAGGAAGAAGCGGAAUUGAAAUAUGUGAAGGAGCAUGGCAUUUCUAUUUUUCUCAUGCCAUCUGGAAUGCUCGGAACUUUGCUAUCUUUGAUUGAUGUCCUGCCUUUGUUUUCAAACACUGCCUGGGGCCAACAUUCCAACCUAGCCUUUUUAGAGAAGCAUAUGGGAGCCUCAUUUGAGAAACGAACCCAACCUUGGGUUGCUAACAUUAGAAAGGAGGAUAUACAAUCUGGUGACUUUUUGGCUUUAUCAAAGAUUCGAGGACGAUGGGGUGGGUUUGAGACAUUAGAGAAAUGGGUGACUGGUGCAUUUGCUGGGCAUACCUCGGUUUGCUUAAAAGACGAGAAGGGUGAUCUUUGGGUUGCAGAGUCAGGCUAUGAAAACGAGAAGGGAGAAGAAAUCAUUGCUAUAGUUCCUUGGGAUGAAUGGUGGGCCAUGGCUCUCAAGGAUGAAUCAAAUCCUCAGAUAGCCCUGCUUCCUUUGCACCCUGAUGUGCGUGCCAGAUUCAACGAAAGUGCUGCAUGGGAAUAUGCCCGGAGCAUGGUUGGAAAUCCUUAUGGCUACCAUAACAUGAUAUUUAGCUGGAUCGAUACAAUAGGAGAUAAUUAUCCACCUCCUCUUGAUGCUAACCUGGUAAUGGCAGUUAUGUCAAUGUGGACUAGAUUGCAGCCAGUUUAUGCUGCAAACAUGUGGAAUGAAGCCCUAAACAAACGACUUGGCACUGAGGAUUUCGACCUUCAGGGGAUCAUUAUGGAGAUUGAAAGACGUGGAAUGUCUUUUGAUCAGUUGCUCACCAUACCCGAGCAAGACGAAUGGGUGUACAGUGAUGGUAAAUCAACUACUUGUGUCGCCUUCAUUCUUGCAAUGUACAAGGAGGCUGGAAUAUUCACCCCUUUCUCGGAGUCGAUCCAGGUCACCGAGUUCACUAUUCGUGACGCAUACAUGCUCAAGAUAUUUGAAGACAACCCGGCAAGGCUUCCAGGUUGGUGCAACGCAGGCACGGACAAGCUUCCCUUUUGCCAGAUUCUCGGAGAGUACAGAAUGGAGCUACCAGAGUACAACACGAUUGAACCUUAUGCGAAAAUGAACGAGAACUGUCCGUCCUUGCCCCCAACGUACAAACGACCCGCACGCUGCUGACUACGAGAUUGUCUACUAUGUAUCUUUCUGCAGCUGCUGCCUUUACACAGUGGCAUUAGAGUGUUGUUGCUAUGUUCUGUAAAUAAAAGACACUAUAUAUAUAGGUGCUUGGUAGAUGGUAGUUCUUACCAGUAAUGUAGCUGCGAUGUAUUCAGGUUCACGGUUUUCAGUCGAUCAGUUCUGAAGCCACGGCGUCGGCGACCAAUAUGAAGGUUAGGAUUUGUCAGCUCCGGAAAGUUGCUUAUAUGUAUCAAUGUAUGUAUGUAGGCAACAUUAUGGCUUGGUCAUAAAUUGUGAACUCCGUCAAGAAAUAAAUCUAUAAUGCAACGUCAGGUGAUUCUGAU